AUGGAGGGCAGUCUUCCUCGCUCUGCGCCCCUGGUGAACGAACUCGCUAUGAGCACAGACCAAAGAGAACUUGACGGCGCAGCUCGAGAAGUCAUUGACCAAAGCUUUGCCAUUAUCAUAAAUGCGUCCAAACACCACAGGAGUCUGCAGGAGAAGGCUAUCGCUCGGGAGUUCAAGAUGCAGCGGGAUUAUACAGAUAUUAGGUUUGAAGCUCUAGAGCGUCAGCUCAUAUCGGUCAAUUGUGGACUUCAUGGCCGAUUUGGAGACAUAGAUCGCCAGUUCGGGGGCAUGAGCAAUCAAUUCGGGAAUAUGGACCGCCAGUUCGGCGGUAUGGGUAGUCGAUUCAAAACCGUCGAUGAAAGAUUUCGCGAGGUGGAGCAAAGAUUCGCUGAAAUGGAGCAUGUGAUGGACCGGUUGAGCGCUACAACUAUGAACUCAAAGGCGGAUAGACCUAUGAGGGCGUUACACCCUAUUAGUGCGUAUCAGCCAGAUCGUGGCUACCACGUUCAUGAAGAUUUUCCGAAGACUGUAGGACAUUUCUGGAACUUGAAGAAAAAGUCUAGAUUACCGCAAUUGAUAUCUCUAUCCCUGUUCUAUGGAGUCUCUCGCGAUGAACUUAUUGAGCCCGUGAUGAGCCAAGAACACAGCGUAGAGCAGGUUCAGCAAUAUGCCGCUCUAACACGAAAGGAGCUGAUUGAGAGGUUCCCAGAGUCUGCUCACAUGGCGUUGGCCGAUCGAUUCGGUCUCAAAUAUCACAAGGUGGCUGCAUUCAUGUCACGGCUUGGGGACUAUCGAUUUCAAUCUCCGCGUAAAAGAUCUGCUACCGACGAGGCAACAGAAGCUCCUUGCAAAGUCGUUCGAACCGAGAUUGUACCUCAGUCUUGUGUUGAUAUCACAUCUGAGGCACAUUGCCCAGCCCCACGAUUUGUCCCCUUUUCUGAGAACGAAAUUGUUCCGCUCGAGUUUCUUGUGAGCAAUACGCCUUCUACGGUCGAGUCAGUGUACUCCGAUAGGACUCAACUAGGAUGGGAGGAAACCGUUGACCGACAAAAGCUAAACGCAGUCCUUGCCGUAGAAGCUGAAGAAAUAAGACGAGAAGAGGACCGAAAAUUCGAGGAGAGGUUUACGGCUUCCCUUCCUUAUGUUAUUCUGCCCGCGCCUCCAGUAUCGGUCACAGACAGCGCUCCGGACAGCCCUUAUCAUCCGGAAGCUGCUAGCGAAGCUAGCAGGGAGAAGGAUCCAAAAUGUGAUGAUGAUCAGCAACCAAUACCUGUCGAACCCGGCUCUCCUAGAAGCAUGCAGACCUAG